CCUCCUUUCUCGAUUCUUUCACAACCAGGGUAGGUGGCAACUCUUUUUUGCAUAAUGCUGAUGAAUCUUAUCACUGUGUUUGAGUUCAUACCAGUUUGACACACAGAACAGCUAUGGAAAUCACGAGGUUUCACCAGUUGAUGAUUCUUUCUUGCCAUAUGCAAACCACUCGUGUUGCUCUGGUGGGUGGAAACCACACCGCUUCCAGGUUUUGCACCCGCUAAAAACCCUUUUCCUCCGUCGUUAUUCGAUUCAAUUUUCUCUUUUAAGAGUUUGUGAUUUGAUUACUGAAUCUUUUCUCAUCUGGGUUUCGGUUAUCACCCAAAUCUUUAAUCGAUUUUCGAUCUUUUUUUCUGAUCAAUCAUGAAUUUGGUUCGUGGGUAUCGUGCCAAUGGCAAUCAAAAGAUCAGACAGAUAAAGGGUCGUCCCACAUUCGGAUUGAAUCCGGAUUCUGUUUUGGUAAUCAAAUUACCAGAUUCGCGAAUCUUGGGUAUAAUCUCCAAGUCUUUGUUUUUGGCAAUAUUCAUUCUUGCAUUGCCUUCAAUUGGGUCGUUUGUUAGAGAUGCUUCCUUAACAAACACCUUAGCUCAAGAACACUCUGCUAAUCCUCACGAUUUUCUGCCCAUUGUGUUCAAAGAUUUAGUGGUCGAAGGUGUUUUGAAAGAUGGCCGCAAGGGUCUCCUUCUAAGUUCAAAAAUUGGAGACCUUUUCGACAGUUUUUGGUUCUUGAACGAGAAGGGAAUCGAUCUUGUUAUCGAUUCAGAUUUGGAUCGACAGAUGGUGAUUCCUGAUGAGAUUUUCGAUUUCGUGUUUGCUUCGAGUUUAGAGAACACCAAGUUCAUCAACAGGGUUGUGAAACUUGAUGGCAUUGUGGUUAUGCCAUUGGGGAAGUUUUACGAUCGAUCUUAUGGGUUCUUGAAACAAUCGAAUUACAAGAUUGUGUAUCUUCGUCAGUUUGAUUCGAUUACUGUCAUAGCUAUGAGGAAAAUAGAUGGUGAAGGAGAUGAAGAGAGUGUGUUUGGUGGAUGAAUUAUUGUUCUUGGAAUGUAAUAAUGAAAGAAAAAAUAAUCUGAAAUAAUGAAGGUGUUGGUGUUCAUCAAUGGAGAAUUUUUUCAAGAUUGAGUUGAUCAUGUUAUAAGUUGUUUGUGGCCUGUGGGAUGCGAUGGGGGUGGGGUUCCCAAAUUUGUUUGCUUGCAUAUGUUUAAUGCAUCUUUGUAAUGUAUAUAUGAUGUAAUAACUGCGUGUGUCCGAACUUGUUUUUGUGC